AACCUACGAAAGCACAGCAUGAAUGAACCUUCUUUUAUUCUCUCUUUUUAGGGAGAAGAAAAGAAGGAGAGUAGUGGAGCUGACUGAGAAGUUAGUGAUGAAUUGGUAGAACUGGCGGAAGGUUUGAGGUUACCAGGCACAGUGAAGGUUAACGUUAGCUAUCGGAAGAAGCUAAUCGGACAUUUGUUAUAAAGAGCGUACAGAGAGUCUAGACCAGGGUAAAAAAUACUGACCAGCUGCUCGUGAGUAGCUAACACGUCUAUACAGUAAAAAAAAAUAGAAGGUAUCUUUCACCUCUAUGCAAAGUUAGAGGUUUAUACUCUACCUUCUUACAGUUGACAUGCUAGCUAUUCACCUAGCCUAGCAGCCGGUGGAGCUGUCCUGUCAAGAGAAGAAAGCUAGAAACCAUUAAAAAGCCAGAGGGUCAGAAGAGCCCACAUGUCAUAAAUAUGCUAUAUGAUUUAAUACAUUUGAUGGAGCAUUUAAAUAACUCAACGUCACCCACGUUAGAGCAGAUAGGACAGACAUCAGAACACGAGUGAAUGCUAAAUAACUGCACUACCUGCUCUGAACUGUAAAUAGCGCCCUUACUAUGUGACAGAUAACCACAGUAUUAUGUUUAGGUUUUGAUUGAUUUUUUAUUUUUUUUGCAUGAUCCCAGUAGACGUAGAGGCUUUUGUGUGAUAUCAAACGAAACCAUGUUAUGCAUGCCAUAAACCAUCAAAUACUGCUGAUGACACAUCCUCAAUGUGCUUGUGUUGUUGUCUACAGGAUGGUGGUGGAUGGAGGCAGUGGACGCACCUGUGAGUGGGAGGGUCGGUGGAACCAUAUCAAUAAGUUUCUGGAAAGGUCGGGGCCCUUCACGCAUCCUGACUUUGAACCCAGCACAGAGUCAUUGCAGUUUAUGCUAGAAACCUGCAAAAUCCUGGUCAUUGGUGCUGGUGGUCUGGGAUGUGAGCUGCUGAAAGACCUGGCUUUAUCGGGCUUUCGCAACAUUCAUGUUGUCGACAUGGACACCAUUGAUGUGUCAAACCUAAAUCGACAGUUUCUCUUCAGGCCAAAAGAUGUAGGUCGACCCAAGGCGGACGUUGCAGCUGAUUUCGUCAACAACCGCAUACCUGGAUGCUGUGUAGUCCCACAUUUUAAGAAAAUACAAGACAUAGAUGAAACAUUCUACAGACAAUUCCAUAUAAUUGUCUGUGGACUGGACUCUGUAUUUGCCAGGAGGUGGAUGAAUGGUAUGCUGCUGUCUUUGCUGGUGUAUGUGGAUGGUGUCUUAGACCCAGGUUCUAUCAUUCCUUUAAUUGAUGGUGGGACGGAAGGCUUCAAAGGCAACGCUAGAGUCAUCCUCCCUGGCAUGACCGCCUGCAUCGACUGUACCCUCCAGCUUUACCCUCCUCAGAUCAACUUCCCCAUGUGUACAAUAGCCUCAAUGCCUCGCUUGCCAGAACAUUGCGUUGAGUACGUCCGGAUGCUGCUGUGGCCCAAAGAGAUGCCCUUUGGAGAUGGUGUGGUCCUAGACGGGGAUGACCCAGAGCAUAUCCAGUGGGUGUACCAGAGAUCCCUGGAGAGGGCAGCAGAUUUCAACAUAACAGGAGUCACAUACAGACUAACCCAGGGUGUUGUAAAGAGGAUAAUUCCUGCUGUAGCGUCUACCAAUGCUGUCAUAGCUGCUGCUUGCGCAACCGAGGUUUUCAAAAUAGCAUCAAGUGCCUACAUACCUCUCAACAACUACAUGGUCUUCAACGAUGUUGACGGCCUGUACACCUACACGUUUGAAGCAGAACGGAAGGAAAACUGUACAGCCUGCAGCCAAAUACCUCUGGACUUGCACUUUUCUCCAUCUUCCAAACUCCAGGAGAUGUUGGACCACCUGACUGAGAGUGCCUCCCUACAAAUGAAAUCACCUGCUAUAACCGCGACAGUGGAAGGAAAGAACAAAACAUUAUAUUUACAGUCUGUAGCUUCGAUUGAGCAGAGGACACGGCCAAAUCUGUCCAAAACCCUGAAGGAGCUGGGUCUGACUAACGGACAAGAGCUGGCUGUAGCUGAUGCCACCACACCCCAAACCAUGUUGUUCAGACUCUGCUUUACCUCAUAGGAUGAACUCAAGCACUCCCACAACCAGUCGAUGUCAUUCUUGUUUCUUGGAUGCAGCAUAUUUAAAAUGGCCUAAAAACUGGAACCGUUUACAGUGUGUUAAGUCACAGUGUAAAUGAGUGUACUUAAUUUAAUUGUUUUAAUGUACUUAUUGACUAAUGUUUUGCACUGAAAAGCCAAAAUCAUAUUUCAUACCAUGUCUUUUCUUUUGGGGAUACAAAUGUUGAGGAUUUCUGCAUUAAUGUGUUGUCUGCACUACAACCUAAAGUGUGCUAACGUGCAAGCAAAGAGACAAACAAAUGGUUACUUUGGUAAAUAUUAUUGUGUACAUGUUCUGGUUUUGAAUAUUUAUUUAUCCCAACACAGCUUUUUUUAGUUUCAGAGACCACAGAUGUGGUAAUUGACAGACUAUAAUAAUGAUGUGUGAACUGGAAUAAAAAAUGUUUUUCUUA